CUCGCGGGCACAAUUAUCACAUGCCCAAAUAGACCAAGCUGCACGCGAAUUUCCUUGUUGCUGCGGCUUUACCCCCUGCACACUGCUGAGCCCUUCUUCCUAGCUACUACUACAGAGCUUCUUCUUCCACUUCUCUGAGUUUUGCUCUCAUUUUUCACGAUGGCAAACACAAGUAUUGUUUAUCAACAGGCUGCAACUUCAGUGAUGGUUUCUCAUGGAGAGCAGCUAUGCCGGAAACCCAACGACGCCCAGCGGAAUCUGGAGCGCGGCAUCCUGGUGACCAUCUUCAGCUCCGCCGUUCUAAUGGACUACUUCGUCGACGGGCCUCCAUGGACGGAAGGGUCCAACGGCGGCCUGGUCUUCACCGCCACGCUGCUGCUCGCGUUCGCGACCUUCAUCUGCGGCAGCGCCCUCAUGCUGGUCGGCCUCGCCGGGCGCCUCUUCUCCGGCGGCCGCCGCGUCGCCGUCGUCUCCAUGUGCCUCGUCGUAGCUCUAUCCGCGCAAACCUUGCUUGGUCUGCUCAUCAGCGCGUUCCCGUACGUGCAAGACCUCACCAGUCUUUGCCGGUUGUGCAUACCUGAGCGUUGACCCCUAUAGCCUACUUAGAACCCUGUUUAGAUGGGACUAAAAUUUUUAAGUACCUAUCAUAUCGGAUGUUUGGAUACUAAUUAUAAAUAUUAAA